AUGGCGCCAACGCAAACAGGUUUGUGCGACUCGGUGGCACCGCACCCCGCUGACUUUUCGCACCGCGCGCUCCAGCCAGUCCAGGACCGAGUUUUAGUGCUCUGGGAUCAGGCUCAGGCCGCCGCUGGAUCCGCAUGGAUCCGCGGAUUCACCGCAAGUUCCGGCGGAGAUUCAGGAAACGGGAGUAAUGCAGAAAGCAAGAAGGGGAAUUUGGCGGCGGAUGCGCCGGGUGCAAGCGGAAAAGGAGAUAAUGUGAAAAGGGGACUCGAGGGGGAAGUAGUUGCGGAGGGCGGAGGGGAAUCCGCGCGCGUGGCGGAAGCAUCUGCGGAAGGGGCGGGAGAAGCGGCGGGGGAAGCCGCCGCUAGUGAGGCAUCGGCGGAAGCAGUGGGGGAGGAAGUCGCAGCGGAUGCCGUAGCGCAUGCAGGGUACUAUGGCGCCCGGCGCGGCCGCAUCCGACGGCGUGAUUCACGGAUCAAAUCAGCCACGGAAGUCAGAGGAGCCGCUUCCGCUCCCGCCGCAGCGGCUGCUAACGCUGAGGCGGCCGCGCGUGGGGAAGGGACUCCCGUGGGGGGGAUUGCGGGGGAAAAUGCUGGCGCGUCCGCGGAGGGCGGGGCGGAAUUCGUGAUGGGGGAAGGCGCAGCGGGUGAAGGAGCAGGGGAAGGCGGGGGUUUGGCGGAGGAAACGUCCAUCGUCCCCGCGGGUCCGCGCCCCGAGCAUUAUCCGAAAGUGCUCGCGAUUCCGCUCACGCGGAGACCACUAUUCCCAGGCUUCUACGUCCCCGUUAUAGUAAAAAACCCCAAGUUGGUAGCUGCACUACAGGAGCUCAAGGCACAGGGGACGCCGUAUGUGGGCGCGUUCCUCGUGCGAGAUGACCACACCGCUGCUUCUCAUUCUUCUGCUGCCGCUGCCGCUGCUGCUGGUGAUCCCUCAGCUGGUACAGCAGGAACAGAGGGAGCAGGGGGAGCAGAGGGAGGAGCGGCAAGCAGCAGCAGCAGCAGGCGGGAGUUGGGCCCGGAGAGGAGUGACGGCGUGGGGGAGGAGUGGGGCAGGGGGGUGGUCAGCGGAGGGGGCGCAGGGGCGGGGGGAGGGCAGGCGGAAGGGCAGGCGGAAGGGCAGGGGGAAGGGAAGGCGGAAGGAGCAGGUGUGGGGGUGGGAGAGGGGGCGGGGGAGGGGGAAGGUGUUGGGGGUGGGGGUGGAGGGGAGGCGUUUAUCAAGGGAGGGGAGCUGUAUGGCAAGCUGCAUGAGACAGGGACGUUCGCGCAGGUGAUGCAGGUGAUCAAGCCGUUGGACGGGGACUCGGCACAGGUGAUGCAGGUGAUCAAGCCGUUGGACGGGGACUCGGCACAGGUGCUGCUGAUGGGGCACCGGCGACUGAGGCUGACCGGCAUGGUUUCAGAGGACCCACUUACUGUCACCGUCGACCACGUCAAGGACCUCCCCUAUGACAGCAACAGCGUGAUGAUUAAAGCCACGGUAAUGGAGGUGGUGAGCACGCUCAAGGACCUCGUGAGGCACAACCCGCUGUACAAGGAGCACAUCGCCAUGUUCGUGCAGCACGUAGGGGAAUUCAACGCUUCAAGGAUGGCCGAUUUCGGAGCGGCACUAACCACUGCUGACGAGCCCACGCUACAGUCGGUCCUAGAAGAGCUGGAUGUGGGCAAGCGACUCUCCCUCGCGCUCAUGCUGCUCAAGAAGGAACUAGAGCUCGCAAAGCUGCAGGCCAACAUCGCCAAGGGCGUGGAGGAGAAGCUGGCAGGGGAAAGCCGCAGGUACAUGCUGAUGGAACAGCUCAAGGCCAUCAAGAAGGAGCUAGGGCUGGAGAAGGAUGAUAAGACUGCACUCAUUGGUCGCUUCAAGGAGAAGCUUCAGCCGUUUCAGCAGAAUUGCCCGCCAGCAGCCAUGCAGGUGAUAGAGGACGAGAUGGCGAAGCUGCAAGGGCUGGAGGCGAGCUCGUCAGAGUUCAACGUGACAAGGAACUACCUCGACUGGCUCACGUCCAUUCCCUGGGGGCACUACAGCGAGGAGAACUUGGACGUGGUGCGGGCGCAGCAGGUGCUGGAUGCGGAUCACUACGGGCUGACGGACGUGAAGGAGCGCAUCCUCGAGUUCAUUGCUGUUGGCAGGCUCAAGGGCAGCACACACGGCAAGAUCAUCUGUCUGGUGGGCCCGCCAGGAGUGGGAAAGACGUCCAUCGGUCGCUCUAUCGCCAAUGCCUUGGAUCGCAAGUUUUACCGCUUCUCCGUGGGAGGGCUCUCUGACGUGGCAGAGAUUAAGGGUCACCGGCGCACGUAUGUGGGCGCCAUGCCAGGCAAGAUGGUGCAGUGCCUCAAGUCCACAGGGGUGGGCAACCCUCUCGUGCUGAUCGAUGAGAUUGACAAGCUGGGCAGGGGCCACACAGGCGACCCAGCAGGAGCACUGCUAGAGAUGCUGGAUCCGGAGCAGAACGCAUCGUUCCUGGACCACUAUUUGGACGUGCCGCUGGACCUCUCCAAGGUGCUCUUUGUGUGCACGGCCAACAUGCUUGAGACCAUCCCUGCGCCCCUGUUGGAUCGAAUGGAGGUGAUUCGCCUGGUGGGGUACAUUUCAGACGAGAAGACCCACAUCGCUCGAGGGUACCUUGAACCCGCUGCGCGCACUGGGUGCGGUGUGAAGCCAGAACAGGUUCUGGUGACCGACGGUGCGUUGCACUCACUGAUCGAGACGUACUGCAGAGAGGCAGGGGUGAGAAACCUACAGAAGCACAUCGAGAGAAUCUACCGCAAGGUGGCGCUGAAAAUUGUGCGGAGGGAGUGGGAGAGGGAGGAGCAAAAGAAGGUAGCUGCGGCUGCAGCAUCAGGGUUACUGGAGGACGGGGAAGAGGACAUGGUUUCUGUCUCCAGUGAUUCUAGUGGCAGCAGCAUCAGUGAUUUGAGCAGAAGUGGGGAGGCCUUGAGGAGGGAGGAGGGGGAAAGGAGGGGCGAGGAGAAGGAGGAGAAAGAUGAGGAGACUCGAGUGAAAGGGAGGGAAGAGAGAGUGGAGAGGGAGAAAAAGGCCGGGAAGGAGGCUGAAGUUGACGCCGGGAAGGAGGGUGAGAGUGAGGCUGGGGCCUCUGAGAAGGAGGGUGGGAAGGAAGAAGCUGAGAGGAUAGUGGUGGAUGAGGGCACGUUGGUGGAGUAUGUGGGGCAGCCGGUGUUUCAGAGCGAGCGCAUGUACGAUGAGACGCCCGUGGGUGUGGUCAUGGGGCUGGCAUGGACGGCCAUGGGGGGAUCGACUCUUUACGUUGAAGCCACAGUGAUUGAGCAGGCAGCAGAGCGGGGCAGUCUCGAACUCACAGGCCAACUGGGAGACGUGAUGAGGGAGAGCGCCACCAUAGCGCACACGGUGGCACGGCAGAUUCUCACACGCGCCGACCCCGGCAGCGAGUUCUUCCGAAAGACGCGCAUGCACAUGCACGUGCCAGCUGGGGCCACGCCCAAGGACGGCCCGAGUGCCGGCUGCACCAUGAUCACUGCCAUGCUGUCACUGGCGCUGGGCCGGCAUGUGCGGGCGGACCUGGCCAUGACUGGAGAGGUCACACUCACUGGCAGGGUCUUACCUAUAGGAGGGGUGAAGGAGAAGACCAUAGCAGCUCGUCGCAAUGGCGUGAAGCUGCUUGUGUUCCCCAAGGCCAACCGCAAGGACUAUGAGGAGCUGCCGGAGCAUGUGAGGCAAGGGCUGGAUGCACGAUUUGUGGAGCACUAUGACGAGAUCUUUGAACUCGCGUUCGGACGGCGGGUGGAGGAGAUGGGUGAUGCAGAGGUUGUGGCUGAUGCUGUUGCUGUGGAGCCCCAGAGGGAGAAGGCCGGUGCCAUCAUUGCAUCGUGA